AUGACCGCCAACCAACACCACCACCAUCCUAACAACAACUACCAACAACAAGCACCAUCAACAACAGCCUCUUCCUCCUCCAUGUCUCACUCAUCCUCACUCCAUCCUACUACUUCCUCUCAAGAAACAACCGCACAACAACAACUCCAACAAGCCUUUAGCAACAUGCAACCCUUCGGAACGAACACCACCAUAACGACACAACAAGAAUUUGAUGCCAAUGAAAUUAUAAAACAAGCCAUGGAGAAGUGUAAUCGACUCUUUAUGGAUAUGGAAAACUUUGAACAAAAUCUUCGGGCAUGGUCCAACAACAAGAUGAAUGGAUUUCAAAAGGCCGUCAGUGCACAAACUCAAAUGUUUCAGAAUUGUCAAAAUACGAUCAACAACUUGCGAGUCAAAAUUGAGAAGGCCAAUGAAAAGAGGCAAGUGGUGGAGGAGAAUUUAAAACAAAAUUAUGAAAUGGUUGGCCAAUUAGAGCAACAAUUCGAAGAGCGAACUCAAUACAAUGAAGAACUGCCCGAAGUUUUGAAAAAUCGAUUAGCAGAGUUGGAACGAUAUAAACAAGCAGUAGAACAACAACAAGAGAAGAACAGAAAUCUCAAGAAGCUCUACGACGAACACAAUGAAUUAUUGGCAUUGAGGUUACAAAAUUCUUACUUUCAAGAGAAUCUUGGAAUAUACUUUGAGAGAUGCGAACGAAAUGGUGUUCCAAGUUUGAUUGUUUCUUUUAAAAUUCAAGGUAUGGAACGACUUGGUCUCGAACAAUGUCACUUUGUUUUGAGUGUGACAGAUGGCAUUUAUUCCAUACAAGAAUGUGUUCCAUCGGUUUCGAGUGACGACUUGAUAGAAACGCUGAAUCAAACGAACCAAUUUGGACGUUUCAUUGUGUGCUUUAGAAAACGAUUCAAGACCUAUAUUGUUUCACAUUCUAAUCAUUAA